AAGGAGAGCUCCUGCAGUACCGUACAGGGCCGCAGCGGCGCCCUUGAGCUCACACACGCCGCUCCGCUAAAGAUGUGAAAAUGGCGGAGCUACAAAUGCUUCUGGAAGAGGAGCUUCCUGCAGGACGAAGUGCACUACUAGAUAGUUUCACCAAUUUUUUUUUGGCAGAGUGUUGCGAGAGCAACUAUGUACAGUCUCCAGACAAGCAGAGGGCACUGGAGGAGACCAAGAACUACACCACCCAGUCGCUGGCUAGCGUUGCCUACCUGAUCAACACGCUGGCCAACAAUGUCCUGCAGAUGCUGGACAUCCAGGCCUCGCAGCUCCGCCGCAUGGAGUCCUCCAUCAACCACAUUUCGCAGACAGUGGACAUCCACAAAGAGAAGGUAGCCCGACGGGAGAUUGGCAUCCUCACCACCAACAAGAACACGUCCCGCACACACAAGAUCAUCGCCCCAGCCAAUCCUGAGAGGCCUGUGCGCUACAUCCGCAAGCCCAUCGACUACAGCCUUCUAGACGACAUGGGCCACGGAGUCAAGUGGUUGCAAAGGUUUAAGGCCAGUGCACAGAACAUGAAGGCCGGAGGAGGUGGACUGCCUCGCACUAACCCCCCCACACAGAAGCCUCCAAGUCCGCCCUUGACAGGGAAAGGGACCCUUGGGCGCCACUCCCCCUAUAGGACGCUUGAGCCGGUGCGUCCACCCGUUGUCCCUAAUGACUACGUCUCGAGCCCGACGCGCAACAUGGCGCACCCCCUGCAGAGCCCUGCACGCACUGCAUCCGUUAAUCAGAGGAACCGCACGUACAGUGGGAGCAGCGGAGGCAGCCACCCCAGCAGCAGUCGUAGCAGCAGCCGAGAGAACAGCGGCAGCGGCAGCGUGGGCGUGCCCAUCGCUGUGCCAACGCCAGCACCACCCACUGCUUUCCCAGGUUCAGCCCCUGCCCCAUCUAAUCCAGCUAAACCUGCCCUCAACACUACCACCUCGGUCACAAUCCCCGCUCCCCUCACCUCUGCCCUAGAUGGCCCCCCACAGGCCCCUAAUCCCCCUGUAGAGAUCCCGCCUGUACCCCCACCCCCUCUCCCUGCCUCUGCAGCCCCCACUGGCACAGGCCCUGCUACUUACGGCAACCCUGCUCAAGGUGCUCCUCAGUUCUACAGCAUGAACCGCCCCGUACAGCAGCCCCAGAACCCACAGGUAGGAGGCUCCCUGCCCUACCGCAGACCCGCGUCAGUCACCGGUCAGCCCAACACGGCCCACAACCAGAGCCAGCUCAACGGGGGACCACACUUCGCCCAGAACCAAGCAGGCCCACUUGCACCCCCUCCCCCCUCCAUGCAGAUCACCCCUCAGCUGCCUCUGAUGGGCUUUGUGGCCCGAGUUCAGGAGACUAUCUCAGAUGUGCCACCCCCACCUCCACCUGCUGAAGAGCCGGUGUUUGAGGAGCCUACACCACCUCCUCCGCCGCCGGAGGACUAUGAGGAUGAUGAGGAUGAAGAAGAGUCGGCAGUGGUGGAGUACAGUGACCCCUACGCUGAGGAGGACCCGCCCUGGGCCCCACGCAACUACCUGGAGAAAGUGGUGGCCAUCUACGACUACACUCGCGACAAAGAUGACGAGCUUUCGUUCCAGGAGGGGGCCAUCAUCUACGUGAUCAAGAAGAACGACGACGGCUGGUUCGAGGGUGUGAUGAACGGGACCACGGGCCUCUUCCCUGGCAACUAUGUAGAGUCCAUCAUGCAUUAUGCCGACUGAACAAUCCCCCCUCAGAGCGCAGGAGCAGGAGGAGUGUUUGAUGGGAGGGGAAGGGCAAGGGAGGGGAGCCAAGGGUUAACGGUCACAGACUUUGAUCAGACAGAGCAUGAUCACCUCUGGGCGAAGAGAUAAAGAGCGAUGGGGAAGAGGAAGUAGUUUUUAAAGAAGGUGCAACAUGACAGACUGAAUCCCAGUCGAUCUCUCGACAUAGUUGCCAUUGUAAAACAACCACUACUCUAGGUAUAUUCUUCCCUGUAAUAUUUCUUUCUUUGGCUCUUUCUUUAUUUGACUGAGGACUGGACGGUAAUGGAGUCGUUGUGUUUUCAGAGUUGUUUGUUACACUAAGAGGUCACUACAUCGAUUUUGCUUCAGUUUGUUUUUCAUUUACAAGUUGACCCUUAUUUUAAAUGCUAUUUAUUUAGAUUGUGUUGUGAGAUUAAUGGUGAGCAGGUAGACGGGGCUGCUGAGAAGGAUUUAGUUGGGAUUUCCAUGUCAGAGCCUCGGAGAAAGGGCUGGAGAAUGCCUUCAUGUGUAAAUGUUUUCCUUAACACUCCAGAGACGUUGAAGAUAAAAAUAUGCCUCUGUAUAUAAAAGUACAAUGCAACAACAAUAUCCUCAGUGGGAACAAACAGCAGUUUCCGUACUUGACAAACUUGUCGUUGGGUACCUCAGCAGGGAUGGUGCCAAAGCUGACAUUCACUAAGAUAAGCACAUCAAAUGUGUUAAGGUGGCACACAAAGCUAGAUAAGUGAGUUGGAAAGGAGGCGAAGAGGAAGCCUCAUGAAUGCUUUACAUGUUUUGUUUUCCCCAAAAUGAAUUUAUCUGAAGGUUUCCUGCCAUACGAGUCUAAGAUUUAACCUGAAGGGGUGAGUUUAGUCACUACAUGCUUCACUCUGCUGGCCAGUGUGCAUUUCUCGGGUGAAGGAAUCAGCAUCCAGCCCUUAAAUAAGAGAAGAACGCCAGAGAUCCUCAAUUCUGCAAUGGCCCAAGUUUUGAAGUUUUACUGUGCAGCUCCUGCCAUGAGUAAUAGAAGAAAUAUAUCAACAUAACUGGCGCAGCUAGUCAUUUGCAGUGUUCGUAUGCAUUUGAAUGAAGUUUCUUUUUUUUUACUUUGUUUUUAGUGUUUUCCAGGAGGGUCAGAGUCGAGUUUUGCCUUCAGAGCGGCAGACUGCAUGUUUCAGCGAGGAACGAUAACUUCUCUUCUUUUCUGCUCUACUGAUGAUUAAUGUCUUAAUAUUUUUAGAUAUGGUGUGGUUCGGUUUUUGAUAUUCACCCACUAUGAUGCAUUUAGAUCAUUUCUAAGAUGCUUGUGCCAUAUUGAAGUGUGUGUUGCUGUUCAGAGCCUAUCACUUCUUUUGCAAUAAAUGUGGCCAGAGUGGGGUGGAUUGUGGUUAAACUG